AUGGAGUAUUUAGCUGAUUUCUCAAAUUAUCUUCAAAAAUGUCCAUCGCCUCCUCAUGUCUUGAGUUUUGCAAGAAAUUUACUGAAAAAGAAGAAGUUUAAUGAGCUAGAAGAAAAAGAUAUUGGAACUAUAUCUAAAAAGUGCUUCAUAUUAAAAGAUGAUAAUGCUUUGAUUGCAUUUGAUUAUGCUGGAAACAGUAAAUUUACAAUUAUUGCAGCACAUUACGAUGAAAAUCCUAUUUCAAUAUAUUAUAAAUCCGAUUACCAAGAAGAUGAAUAUAAUUGCAUUAAAACUAAUCAUCAAGCAAUAUGUAAUCAAUGCUACAAAGUUGCAGGAACUGUAAAAUACAAAAAUGAAACUGGAAAGAUUGUAACCAAAUAUUUUGAUUCAGUUGAUGCGAUUUGCUCUGAGUAUGUUGGUCAGUUUAUGGUAUCUCAAGAGGAAGAUCCGAAUUUUACAAAUUAUAUUGUUGGAAAAUUGGGAAUUUAUGAAGAAGAUCUUAUUAAUUGGGAUCUUUAUGCAAUGCCAUAUGUAUCAUAUCAUCAAUUUGGUACAAAUAAUGAAUUAUUUUCUUAUUCAAAUGUUGCAAUGCAUUCCUCAUGUUAUAGCGCGUUAAAAACAUUCAUUGAGUCUAAAAAUACAGAUUCUCUUAACAUAUUAAUACUUUAUUCAGCAAAUGAAGAAAAAAUUGAAUCAAUAAAUUCAUUUUUCAAAUCUUUAAUACCUAAUGACCUUAAAUCUCUUGUAGAAAGCUCUCGUUGUUUCUAUAUCGAACCUCAUUGCGUUAAAAAUCCUAAUCUUAACACUCCAAUUCGUGAUGAAGCUUUAAUUGGAAAAGGAUUAGCAAUUGGAUACUGUAACUCGUAUGAUUCUCAAAAUCUAUAUCCAUUGCUUGCAUCUAUAUCUCAUUUAGGCAUUUCUUCGCAGAAAGUUCCAGUUAAAAACUCAGAUUUCAAAUUAAUUUUGGAUGGAGAAUAUGUUUCGUCUUUAAUAUUAGUUCCAAAGCUUAAAUGUGGUCCUUACUCCGUUAUCGCUCUAAGAGAUAUGCAAGAUUUGAUUUCUUUACUUAUUUAUUUGUUUGAAAAUAAAAUCGAUAUUUAG